CGGAGUGACAGAAGCGCAUGGUGGACUCGGGCUCAGCUCCAAUCAAGUCUGCUAAAAGGCAUAACUAAUCGAUCUACGAGGCUGUGCGCUCUGCUCCGACUUGCGCCUCACAUUCAGGGUCUGCUCGUCCCCCAGCAAUGGCAACCGCAGUGAAACUCAACACCGGGGCCCAAAUGCCCAUUGUAGGACUGGGCACAUGGAAGUCUCCCCCUGGCAAAGUGGCAGAGGCAGUGAAAGCAGCCAUUGCAGCUGGUUACAGGCACAUCGAUGGGGCGAUGGUCUACCAGAACGAGACGGAGGUGGGCGAAGGGGUCAACGCCAUGAUCAAAGAGGGCGUGGUCAAGAGAGAAGAUCUUUUCAUAGUCAGCAAGCUGUGGUGCACUUUCCACGAGAAGUCCCUGGUGCAGCAAGCGUGCAAGAAGACGCUCGCUGAUCUUAAACUGGACUACCUCGACCUUUAUCUUGUCCACUGGCCCAUGGGGUGCAAGUCUGGUGGGGAUCUUUUUCCUUUGGAUGGUAAUGGGGAGCUGAUUGGCGAUAAUACUCACUUCCUGGAGACAUGGGAGGGUAUGGAACAGCUGGUCGACGCUGGCUUGGUCAAAGCUAUUGGCAUCUCCAACUUUAACAAGGACCAGAUCGAAGCCAUCCUCAAAAAGCCCGGCCUGAAAUAUAAGCCUGCCAACAACCAGGUCGAGUGCCACCCAUACCUGACCCAGGAUAAGCUGAUCGAAUACUGCCACUCUCAAGGCAUCACAGUGACUGCUUACAGCCCUCUUGGGUCCCCUGACAGACCCUGGGCUAAGCCAGAAGACCCCUCACUUUUGGAUGAUCCCAACAUCAAAGCCAUCGCUGACAAGCACAAAAAGACUUCUGCUCAGGUCCUGAUCCGCUUCCACGUCCAAAGAAACGUGAUUGUGAUCCCAAAGUCCAUCACUCCGCAACGCAUUCAGGAGAAUUUCCAGGUGUUUGACUUUGAACUGACCGAGGAGGAAAUGAAGAUCAUACUGGGAUUCAAUCGGAACUGGAGAUGCUGCAGCAUGCACUGGGGCCUGAAACACAAGGAUUACCCGUUCAACACCAAAUUCUGAAAGGAAGGCAGCAGGUUUUCCACAGGUGCUCAACUCUGCUUCCAUACACUGUGGACGCGCUCACUUUCUGGAAGAGUUUUUUUUUUUUUCCUUUUCUUUUUUGAGAGCAGGAGCAUAAUAUGAGCAUAGUUCUAUUUUUCUCUUUCUAUUUGUCUGUCACGUUGUGAAUCGAGUUCUGCUUUAAGCUGCGUUAAGUUACUGACGUCCCUCACUUGUUGCCAUCCCUGGUGAAUAUUGAAUAAUCUUUUGGUUUUAAAUCUUAAGUUUGGCAUUCCUUUUUAAAUACAGGGGCAUGUUGUCCUUGGUAAACUUUUGCAUUAUUAAGAUAAAACUAUUUUUUACGACGCUACAUGUUAAGUACACUCCUUCAAUUUGUGACUAAGGCAGAGAUACUUAAGGUUUACAUAUUAUUAGUGAAUUUCCAAACAUAUACCACUGAAAACCUGAACAUGUUGCAAUCCAGAAAGCUGGUCUUUGGCUGACUCAUAUGUGGCAAUUUUCAGUCAUGUGUAUCAACUCUGUCACGAAACAAUCUCCAGCUUUCACUUCCCAUGUUAUCUGUGUGUGUUACGCUGUACAAUAAAGUUCUGUGAUGUAUUACGUCACACGUUUA